AUGAGCCCAAGUUCACCAAAAGCGGACUUAGUUAGUACGCUCAUAUUUUCUGGUGGCGAAAAUGGAAGCGACUACUCAUACGAAACCCAAAUAUGCGAAGGCGAGCGCCUGGAAAAGCUCUCCAACUUGGACCACGAGACAGGAGAUUCAUCUGACAAGAAGGUCAACGUAUAUGUCCAACUUUUUGAAGACAUGCUGAGGACUUUGGUAGAGACUGAGGGACAUUUAUUCGACCUUCCAGAACUUGAUUACUUCCAAAGAUACGACAGACUUUCGCCAAAUGCAAAGUUUCUUAUGACGAGGCUUCUCCUGCGAAAAUUUAAUGCAUGGCACCGUCUAGACUCGCUCAAAUAUGAAGCUGAAAUAGGUAGCAAAGAAGGUCUUAUUCAAGCUAUCAACGAGAUGUGCUUUGUACCAGGUCAAGUCAAAGUAGACGCCAUAGACGAAGAGGCCGCCAAUAUGGGCGUAGAGGAAAGGGAAAUAAUAGACCUCGCGGAUGAUGACUCCCCAUCACAUUUCCCGCCUUCACACAUUCCACAACUUCAGGAAAAAAAUGCGCUACACUUGUAUCAACCCGCACCACAUAUACCUUCUACUAUCAAGACUGAAGAAGUCCCAAUACCUUUAGAUGCAACGUUCUCUGCUGCAAAUACUAUUGCUGGUCCCUCUUCCAUAAAACUCGAAGACCUUCCUAUGGCUGACACCAAGCUUAUGAACCACUUUGAAACAAUACCAGAGCCUGCAGGCAUCCUAGCAGAAGACGAAUCUCAAAUGGACCUUCCUGCCCUCCUCGAGUGUCUCAGAGUCGACGAGCUACGGUGCAUCGCGAAGCAAAUGCGUGUCAAAGCUAGUUCGAAACCAUUUUCCGACAAACUACUCUCCCUUUCGGUCGCGAGACAGCCCAGAAACGACUGCGUGAUAUUGUUCUCGGUACACUCGGCAAGUGUGUGCGUGUGCACGAGAGCUUUCACCGGUUUGACUCAAUCUUCCCAGAGUCUUCUUCUGCCUGCCCUGCUGUCUCGGUUUAAGAAGCGCUCCUAUGCAAACAUAGCUUCUACGCGUACGAAGGAUAUCUGGCCAACACGCAAUGCCCUUCUCGCUUACGAACAAGCGCUGGAGCAAGAAGAAAUUGUAGACGCGGCGUUUGCCGGGAACUUUGCAGCAGUGGGAACCGACAGGGAAUUCAAGACUCCGGCCGCAGAUGAACUUCGAUUCAAGACACCAGUAACACCGAGUGCUGCACCUGGAGCACCACAGACACCAAUUUCUACGAAGACUGUGCAGACCCCUGUGUCGGAUACCAUUGCAACGCCUGCUUCAAAUUGCAAGGGCAAGCCACAAUCAAGACCUGGCGUGUCUGUUAAGAUUGAGAAAUCAGACUCUGUGCGUGUGCUUGGGGCGCGGCGAGUAAAGGAGAUCUUCGAGGAGGUGUACCCACAUUGGCAGGCUCUUGUGAAGACGAAGAGUGAAGGUGGUCUUGAGGGGAAAGAGAGGGGGUAUGGAUUGGAAAGGUUUGAGAGCGGGCACGUCCUAACUCGCCUCGUUUGUAAAGGUGCAUAUGCGCUCGGUAUUCUCGGAGAAUAUGAAUAUGAACUCAGUGUUCUCGAGUCCCUGCUUGCGCAGAAGCGGUGGCGUCGGGGACGACGGGGGAGGUGGCAUGAACGCCGGGCGCUGAUCCUGGAAAGAUAUGUAGUCAGGUAUGAUGAUGCGCUUUCGGCAUGCCUCGAGGCUCUAAAAGACAACGAUACGCAUAUUGCUACUAGCUAUUGCAUCCUGACUGAUGACUGGAUAGUAUUUCGUCCCAAACUUGACCGCCGCUUGACAGCCCUCGAGAAAAAGCUCAAAGUUGAGCCUGCAGAUCGGCAUACAAGCGAAUGGAACCUUCAACCCCUCGUAUCGGUCUCCUUUGAAGGAGUACGCGUGCGCCACCGUGCAGCGAGUUUGAAACUUGACCGUUCUGGGCGGAACAUCAUCGACACCGCCAAACCAAAAGUCUAUAUCACUCAGGCGGGAGACAUCACGAAAUUUUUGUCGCCAAAAAAGCCUUGCGUGACAAAGGUGGAUGCGACACCUGUCUCGAUCAAAGUCGAGAAAGAGGAGAAAGGAAAGUCGAUCUGGGUUGGACGAGAUAACCUAGAAGUGAAUGUUGAAACACUCGCACUACAAUGGUACGAGGACCAGGGGUUCAAAGGCAUACACUCAGAAACUAGAAUCAUCACUACCCUCUUUGGUAUUCUCUUCUGGGAUAUCAUAUUUCUUCCCAUCCCCGGUGCCUUCGAGACCCCUUUCCAGACCGCACCGUUGGAUAUUGCGGAAGACGCAUUCUAUCAUGCCCGGCGAGAUCCAAUCGAAACAAGGCUCAAGGAACUCGAGGAUGGACGAGGAGAGGAAAUUGUGAACCAAGUAGAAGCAGAGCAUAGAGCACGUAAAACGUGGUGCGUAGGUGUAGACUGGGAAUUGGUAGAGAAAGGAGAGAUCGUAGAGAUAGUUCGUACUACGCUGGGCGCAGUUCUGGCGGGCCAGAUCUCUGUGUGUGGAAUGCGAAUACAGGAAAAUGCAAGUUCGUUGAGGUUAAGGGCCCAGCUCUGGAUCGACGUCCUUCUCCGAGCUGGAACAGCAGUGGAGUUGUGUUUAGUUCACGAGCAGGGUAAAGGGGAUGAAAACAAGACGGGGAAGAAGGGCAAGUCAAAGGGAAGCACGAAGAAGCGGCGAGGCAAAGCCAAGGAUAUUGUCGAAUCCGAUGACGAAGAGGAGGAGGUGCAGCGCAUGUGCGAAUCUGAGGAUGACGCUGAUGCUCUGCCCGUUGCACCAUUCCCCGCGCGCAUGGACGACGUCCAAGACGAAGGAACUUCUUCUAGAGACUAUACUCGCUCACGACCCUCCGUAUACACUCCAAUACCUUAUCGUAUGCCUGCAGCUGCUAUUAUCAAACCAUCAACUCCUCCACAUUCGUCCAAGAAGCGUAAGCUCAUGGCCGAAGUCGUUAUAUCUACCCCUAGCUCCAGGAAGAAGAUCAAGUUCUCGCAUGACAGCGACAGUCCUGAAGCUUGA